AUUGCGCCAAAACUCCGAAAUUGUCGAGAAUUAUUAUUUUGUAGGAGAAAACGAAGUGUUUGCGUGUUAAACAUGGACUUUUUGGAAUUUCCGGAUGCGUUUAAGGAAGAUAGGGGUGCUAUGAAUCCUGGUAGGUUGAAAAUGACCAAUCAAGGAAUUGUAUUUAAAAAUAGCAAAACUGGGAAAGUUGAUCAAAUCCAAGGACCAGAAAUUGAAACUGUUAAUUGGCAGAGACUAGCAUCUGGAUUUGGAAUAAGAAUAAUGACAAAAGGUGGACAGCUGUACAGAUUUGGAGGUUUUCAGGAUACUGAUCAUGACAGAUUAGGAAGAUUCUUCUCUAAUAAUUUACAAAUUGAACAGAAAAAUAAAGAUAUGUGUCUGAAAGGAUGGAAUUGGGGAACAGCUAAAUUUCAUGGUUCUGUACUUUCGUUUGAUGUAGAUAAGAGUUCAGCUUUUGAAAUACCUUUAGGGCAUGUCUCUCAUUGCAAUUCUGCUAAAAAUGAAGUGACAUUAGAGUUUCACCAAAAUGAUGAUGCUGCAGUUUCAUUAAUGGAACUUCGUUUUCAUAUACCAACUGAUAAUACAUCUGAUGUUGAUCCUGUUCAAGCAUUUUUGGAAAACGUCCUUGCAAAAGCCAGUAUUAUUCAAGCAACUGGAGAUGCAAUUGUUACUUUCAAAGAAUUACAGUGUCUAACACCCAGAGGUCGUUAUGAUAUCAAAGUUUUUCCUUCAUUUAUCCAGCUCCAUGGUAAAACAUUUGAUUACAAAAUUCCACUUAGUACAGUAUUACGUCUGUUCUUACUUCCCCAUAAAGAUAACAGACAAACUUUUUUUGUACUUAGUUUAGAUCCACCAAUUAAACAAGGACAAACGCGUUAUCAUUUUUUGAUAUUGCUUUUUAAUAAAGAAGAUGAAAUUUCUUUAGAAUUGGGACUAUCUGAAGAAGACAUAAAAGAGAAAUAUGAUGAUAAACUUCAAAAAGAAAUGAGUGGUCGAACUUUUGAAGUUAUUACUCAAAUAAUGAAGGUACUUGUUCAAAGGAAGAUUACUGUACCUGGUUCAUUUAAAGGGCAUUCUGGUACAAAUGCUAUUACAUGUUCUUAUCGUGCUGGUAAUGGACUCCUAUACCCUCUUGAAAGAGGUUUUAUUUACAUACAUAAACCUCCUGUUCAUAUUCGAUUUGAUGAAGUUGCCUGGGUGAAUUUUGCAAGAAGUGGAGGAAGCACUAGAUCUUUUGACUUUGAAAUAGAAACAAAAAAUGGAGUUGUACAUACAUUUAGUAGCAUUGAAAAAGAAGAAUAUAGUAGACUGUUUGAUUUUGUCACUAGCAAAGAUCUUAGAAUUAAAAAUAGAGGACCAAGUGGAGUGUCUAAAGAAAAACCUGUAUAUAAGGAAGAUGAAAUUGUUGAUUCAGAUAUGGAAGAUGAACCUGAUGCAUAUCUUCAAAGAGUUAAGGAUGAAGGAAGACAAAGAGAAGGAGCAGAAGGCUCAUCAGAAGAUGAAUCUGAUGAGUCAUUUAAUCCAGAAGGCAGUGGAAGUGAAGUUGCUGAAGAAUUUGACACUGAUGCUUCCAGUAGCUCAGAUAGUGAUGAAGGUAGUGGUUCAGGAUCAGAUAAAGAAAAGAAGAAAUCAAAAGAAAAAGUUAAAGAAAAGAAGAGUAAAAGUGCUAAAACAGUGAAAGAACCAGGAACUAGGAAGAAACGUAAAAAGCAGCCUAAAGAUGAAAAUAGACCUAAACGACCUCCAACUGCAUAUUUAUUAUGGUUAAAUGAAAACAGAAAAACACUCAAACAAGAAAAUCCAAAAAUAACAAUUACUGAACUUACAAAGAAGGCAGGAGAAGCUUGGAGAGAGGUUUCUGAUAAAUCUUGUUGUAGAGUAAUAAUUCCGAAGGAAGAAAAAUUAGAAAAAGGUGAAAAGAAAAGCCCAAAAAAACAAAAAGAAAAACGAUCACCUUCCAAAGUGUCAAAAUCUCCUACAAAGCCUAAUUCUCAAUAUAAAAGCAAAGAAUAUAUAUCAACGAGUAAUGAGAGUGAAGAUGACGAUGACGACGAUGAUGACAAACCCUUGAAACCAAAAAAAGAAAAGCUAUCAGACAAAGAAAUGAAUUCAUCUGUUUCAUCAGAAGAAGAAAUGUCUGUUUCAGGAUCUGAUUAAAUGCAAGGUUAAAUUAACUCAAAGAAAACUUCCAUUUAUGUUUGUGUGUUGUAUGUAAUAAAUUGGAGAGAUAUUGUAGUUUUUAUUAUUUUGUGGUAAAUACUUUGUUUUAUUAAAGUAUUUUGUAUAAAUUUAAAUGUAAGAAUCAUAUUGAUAAAAAAAUUGUCUUAGAAAUUUUUGUAUUUAGAUUUUUCUUUUUAAAUUCAUUUAAUUUAUAAUUUCUCCUUUCUGCACAGUCAAGAAUUUCUCCUAUGUUAUCAGCUACAUUACUCAGGCCUCUAAUCUCUUCUUCUAAGCAUUGAUCUAAAUUAUACAUACAUGAUAGAAUCUGCUUAUUAAAUAAUCACUUUAGGACUCAACUGUACUAAUGAUAACUGACUGAUGAUAUUGAAAACACAUUAAGGCUAUAAUUAAUAGAAAUUUUGGUUUUAUUAAAUAUGUCAUUAAAGAAUAGGGUGCCAAGUUUUUUCAUUUUGUUUAUUUUGAAGAUAUUUAAAUGUAAAGUUAAAAUAUCGGUAUAUUAAUUAAGGAAACCAAAACCAUUUAUUAAUGUAGAAACAUUUUUAGCCUUUACUAGGCCUUCAUCAGUUACUGGAAAAUAGAACACAUUUGAGUUGUAAAAUGGAAUAAUUGAAAAUAAGGG